AUGUCUGCCGCCAAUCAGCAUCUCGCCGCCGUGCUCCCCUCCAAGGGCUCUAGCCUCUCAGUCACAUACCGACCAACACCAAAGCCCGGUCCGACUGACAUCCUUAUCGAGGUCAAAUCCAUUGCGCUAAAUCCAAUCGACGUUGGUAUGCGCGACAUUGGCUUUGCAAUUGCUUCAUACCCAGCAAUUCCAGGCUCAGAUGUCGCUGGAACGGUCAUUAGUAUAGGGUCUUCCGUUGCGGCUGAUGCUCCCCAGCCAGGGACUCGGGUGGCAGGUUUUGCGCCCGCUUUCGCCAUGAAAGGAGACCCAGAUUAUGGGGGCUUCCAAACACGAGUUUUAGUCCCAGAAGCUAAUGUGACGCCCUUGCCAGAAGGGGUGAGCUUCAAUGAAGCGGCCAUGCUUCCCAUGGCGGUGUAUACCACAUGGGCUGGAUGGUAUCAGCUGGGGAUCGACCGCGCAACGGCAUAUGAUCCCUCGGAGAAGAAAGGAAUAUUGGUAUGGGGUGGAUCCAGCAGUAUAGGGAGUUCAGCGGUGCAGCUUGCAAAGUUGAUGGGGUUCGUUGUCUACGCCACUGCGAGUGAAAAGCACCACGAGUAUGUUAAGAGCUUGGGAGCCACUCGGGUGUUUGAUUAUAAGAGCAAAGACGUCUCAGAAAGUAUUGUGAAGGCAGCAAAAGCGGAUGGCGUUGAGAUCCAAUUGGGUUAUGAUGCCAUCGGGGAGGUCCAGCCAUGCUUGAAUGUUCUGGAAGCGGCCAAGGGAUCGGGUGUGGCAAAGCUAGCGACAUCGAAGCCGAUACAACCAGAUACACCGACAAUGGAUGGCGUGGAAGUGUCGUUUAUUUCGAUACCGGCCGAUACAAAGGUGCGAACAGAGUUCUUCCACCAGGCCUUCAAUGUCUGGCUCAAGGAGAAGUUGGAGACGAAGGAGUUCGUACCCAGCCCAAGGGCUCGGGUCGUUAGCGGGGGCUUGGAGGGCUUGAACGAGGCCUUGGAUGAGUUGAAGAAGGGAGUCAGUGCUACGAAGCUUGUGCUAGAGCUUUGA